AUGGCUAUAACUGCAAGAGUUUGGUUUGAUGUUUCCGGUGGAGAGUUGUUUGACAGAGUAAUUGAUGAUGAUUUUGAACUUACUGAGAAAGAAGUCAUCAUAUUUAUGCGACAGAUUUGUGAAGGUGUUGGGUACAUGCAUCAACAAGGAAUACUGCAUCUUGAUUUGAAGCCUGAAAACAUCUUGUGCAUCAGUAAAAACAGUAACCAAAUAAAAUUAAUAGACUUUGGACUAGCCCGGAAGUUUAACCCUAAAGACACCCUCAAAGAAAUGGUCGGUACUCCAGAAUUUGUUGCUCCGGAAGUCAUCAAUUUUGAAUCGUUAAACUUUGCGACUGAUAUGUGGAGCGUUGGCGUUAUUUGUUACGUUUUGUUGAGUGGCUUAUCUCCGUUUAUGGGAGAUACUGAUGCAGAGACUUUGACCAAUGUUACCCGAGCUGAAUGGGACUUUGAUGAUGAAUCAUUUGAUGAAAUAACUGAUGACGCCAAGAACUUUAUUGAAAUGCUUUUGAUUAAAGAAAAAAGUGAACGUAACACCGUGGAGCAGUGCAUUCGACAUAUAUGGCUAAGACAAGAUACAAAGACAAUGAAAGCCAACAAACUUUCCACUAUCAAAUUGAAAAAAUGGUUAGCCAGACGAAGAUGGCAGAAAACGGCCAAUGCAGUAAAAGCUAUUGGACGCAUGGCCUCACUGACUAUGUUUGGUCGUCUCAACAAGUCAGGUGACAAGUCUGCUACACCUUUUUCUGGUCUGUUGAAAGCCAAGCGAGAAGAGGAAGCCAGAAAACUUGACAGCGCAAAGCAAGAAGAGGAAAUUGACAUUGAUUUAAAAGAUCCAGAAGUUGCUAAAGCUGCCAGCAAAAUUCAGGGUGUGUUUCGUAAGACUAGACAACCUAAAACAGAGGACAAAAUGGAUUCAAAAAAUAAGAAUACAGCACCUAAAUUUACUCAGGAAUUAAGAGACAUUGAGGUAUGUGAAGGCAGUGCUGCUCGACUUGACUGUGUUGUGGUUGGUGAGCCUGAACCUGAUAUCAGGUGGCUGAAAGAGGGAAAAGAAAUCAAAGAAAGUAAACAUCACAGCAUGGAUUUCGGAGACGAUGAUUCAGUCUCGCUUAUAAUUGCUGAAGUGAAUGAAGACGAUGAUGGGGAGUAUAUGUGUGAAGCUACAAACAUUGCCGGAAAGGCAACAUCUGCAGCAGAAAUCAUUGUUGAAGUGAUGGAAGAUGAAAGGUAA